AUGGGAAGAAAAAAAUACGAUUCAAGAAGCAAAAGCAAAAGUAGAAGUCGCAGCAGAGAAAAAAAACAUAAAAAACAAUAAUAAUAAUAAUAAGAAAAAAAAAGGACAAAAUUUUCAGACGCCCCGAUCUAACCUUUAAAUUAAUAAUCGGACAAGCCAUCUGGUGAAUGGAACUAAGAUAAAUAUUGCUUUAAUCCAAAUCCUACAUUAGAUGAUCAAUUAAAAACUCAACUAAAAUCCAUUUUAGAUGAUGCUUAAAGAAAGCAUGAUUUAGGAAAUCCACAUGAUAUAGAAAUAAAAUCAUAAAACUUAAACGCCUUAGUAUUAUAAUAGGCAGGUAUAUAAGCAUAACCUUAACCUUAGGAAGAUUUGCAAAGUCAAUUGGGUAUGAAAACAAUUGUUAGAACUAUUGAUAUUCCCACAGAUAGCAGUUUUAAUUAUGUAGGAUUGAUUAUAGGACCUAAAGGGUCAAAUUAGAAAAGAAUAUAGGAAAAAACUAGGUGUAAGAUUAUUAUUAAAAACGAACCUCCAAAUCCUAAUAUUUAAAUUUACGGACUAACAGAAAAAGAAGUGGCAGAGGCUUGUUGUGAAAUUGAAAGAAUUCUCUUUAGUGAUGAGGCUACUAGAAAUAAAAUUAAAAGCGAAUAGUUAAAAGAGGUUGUUGCGGAUCAUAAUAAUAAUUGUUAAGGAGUUAAUCCUAAUACAGCUUAAAAUAAAUUUAUUGUCAAAGUUCCUAUUAAUUAUGUUGGAUUAGUUUUAGGUAAGGGUGGAGAGACAAUAAAAUAAAUUAAAAAUUAAAGUUAAGCUUCAUAUAUUUUAAUGGAUUCGAAUUAAAAUUAAGGAGAAGAAUUUAAAGAUUUUACUGUAUAUGGUACUAAAGAAUAAUGUGAAUUAGCAAAUAAACUUAUUUUCGAUUAUAUUGAAUAAUAUAAAAAUAAUACAAAAAAGGAUACUUUUGAAGUUCCUGUGGAAAUUGUGGGAACAUUUAUAGGAAAAAAUGGAUGUAAUAUUAUAAAUAUAAACAGGUGUAGUGGUGGAGCGAAAAUUGUGAUGAAUAAUAAUGUAUUGAAUGUCCAAAAAACACAUAAAAUAUUUGAAAUUAUCGGAAAUGAUUCACAAAUUUAAAACGCAAAACAUUUGUGUUAGAAUUUGCUAGAUUAAUUAACUUAAUAAUAAUAAAGUACUUAAUAAUAAUAAACUCCGGCAGCUUAUAAUCCUUAGAUGGCUAUGUAAUAUUAAUAUUAAUAAAUGCUUAUGUAAUAAUAGUAAUAAAUGCAAUUGUAAUAAUAUUAUUAUUAACUAAAUUAACCUCAAAUAGAAGAAAUUACCCUGGAUGAUAAAAAUAAGUAAUGAAAAUAAUUUAAAUA